UCCUAAAAUGGCGGCCGAUGACUACCUGAACGAAAUGCGACGACACUUUGAAAAUAAUAACCGCACGAAGGACUUUGUCGCUCACACUGCCAAGGUUCAUUCCGUUGCGUGGAGCUCCGAUGGUAGAAGACUCGCAUCAGGAUCUUUUGACAGAACUGUUAGUAUUUUCGUUUUGGAAAAAGAUCGAUUGACUAAAGAAACAAACUUCAAAGGUCAUGGUGAGAGUGUUGAUCAGCUCUGUUGGCAUCCCAGCAAUCCUGAUCUCCUUGUUACGGCAUCAGGAGACAAGACUAUCAGAGUAUGGGAUGCAAGAGCUAGCAAGUGUGUAUCAGUAGUAAAUACCAAAGGAGAGAAUAUAAAUAUAUGUUGGAGUCCAGAUGGGAACACAAUAGCAGUGGGAAAUAAGUCUAUCUUCUCUAGUUACCCUGAGUUGAAGCCAUUGCAGACGUUGCACGCUCAUCCUGCUAACUGUAUAUGUAUAAAGUUUGACCCAAAGGGAAGAUACUUUGCUACUGGAAGUGCAGAUGCCUUAGUAAGUCUGUGGGAUCUGGAUGAGCUGGUUUGUGUUCGAACAUUCUCCAGAUUAGACUGGCCUGUAAGAACGCUCAGUUUUAGUCAUGAUGGAGGGAUGCUAGCGUCUGGUUCAGAAGAUCUCAUUAUUGACAUAGCGAUGGUUGAGACAGGGGAGAGGAUAUGUGAAGUACAAUGCAAUGCUCCAACAUUUACCGUAGCUUGGCAUCCUCAGAAACCUCUUCUGGCAUUUGCUUGUGAUGAUAAGGAUAAACACGAUCGUGAUGCAGGCACUGUCCGUCUAUUUGGCUUACCAACUAACUCUUCAUAGAGCACAUUUAGAACGAGUGUCUUAAAGUGGAACCAUUGUAAUCAUAGCAGCCGAUCAGAACAAAGGAAACUGUUCAAAGAGCCAAUUAGAAUCCAAAGUAAAUACAAGCAAACUUCCCGAAACGCGGGAAACGCGAGAGACGAUUGGUUUUACUUUUGAACCUGAUUGGUUGGGAAAGUGACGCAAAUUUUCUGGACCAAUCACAGAGCGAAGUCAAAUAAAUCCAAACCGAUCCUGGACUACUUCCGACCCUCAGUUAAAAAUUGCUCUUGGUCAAAUAGGACUAGUUGAACGUACGUGCGAACGCUCUACACUUCAGUUUGAACUCUCCCGAGACGGUCAAGAAAAGAUGAGGGGAUGCAUCCUCUUUUGGUUAUUUUGUUAUGUAUACUGUUCUGUUUUUGUAGCCAAUUAAUUAUUGUGGAUCGCCGUGCAUACGUGAC